AUGGAAGAAAUAGCUGCUCUUGUUAUUGACAAUGGCUCUGGUAUGUGCAAAGUUGGUCCUCAAGCUGUGUUUCCUUCCAUUGUUGGAAGCCCAAGAUAAGAAAGAGGGUAUAGAUUCACUACUACAGCUGAAAGGGAAAUGGUUUGUGACAUCAAGGAGAAGCUGUGCUAUGUUGCCCUAGACUUUGAGCAGGAGAUGAUCACUGCCGCUUCAUCCUCUUCCCUAGAGAAGAACUAUGAGCUUCCUGAUGGCCAGGUGAUCACCAUUGGCAAUGAGAGGUUCAGGGGUCCAGAGGCCCUCUUCCAGCCAUCCAUUCUGGGUAUGGAAUCCUGUGUCAUUCAUGAGACCACUUUUAAUUCUAUCAUUAAAUGUGAUGUUGACAUCCAAAAGGAUCUAUAUGCCAACACAGUAUUGUCUGGUGGUACUACCAUGUACCCUGGUAUUGCUGACAGAAUGCAGAAAGAAAUCACAGCCCUGGCCCCUAGCACGAUGAAAAUUAAGAUCAUUGCUCCUCCUGAACAUAAGUAUUCCAUCUGGAUUGGUGGCUCUAUUCUGACAUCUCUCUCUGCUUUCCAGCAGAUGUGGAUCAGCAAGCAGGAAUAUGAUAAAUCUGGUCUAUCACAUAAGUUCUACCAUUUCUCUUUUUCAUAUGACAUUUCUUCAAAUACUUGA